AUGCAGCCCAUUUCCUUCAGCAUUGUGUCUUUGCAGACCUGCCUCCAGCUGACAGCGCAGAUUCUAACACAGCUUGAAGCCGACGAGCACGAAGUGUUCCGGCAAGGGAUGCUCAUGCAGACGAUGAUCGACAAGGCUCAAGCCACCUCUCGACAAAUCACCGAGUGGGAUUCGGCUGCUGCGCUGACCGGGGAAGCCGCGCAGAUGCAGCAGUCGAAGAGCAGCACAUACAGAGAAGUAGAAGCGGGCGGAGGAAUACAAUCUCUCCAACUCGCGGUGGCUGCCCCCUUCGGAAGGCAAGUUGUACCGAGUCAGCAAGGUCCAGAAUCCAUUGUCCUAUCCCAGAUCUUGUGUUGCACGGAGUGGUUUGCUCGCACGCUCGACAGCGUCCUACUCAGCGAACGUGACGACUGCGAUCCGCUGAUGUACGCAUGUAAUGGAUCUGUCGAAGGCUUCCAGCGUGCAAACAAAGUUACGCGCUACCUGCCGUUCCUGUUGGCUGUCCUGUUCCAACAUCCGCGACAGCAACAGCAUCACCGACCGUCGCGACCCAUUUGGAGCUCGAACAGCAUAUCACGCCGCGCGAAACCACCGCAUCGCAGUGCGUUCCUGUCCCUGUGUCUGUGUCUGCCCUUCGCCGUCCGCUGCCGUCUGUUUCGAGACGUUUGCGGCACAGCUCGUUCAAAGGCCACACAAGCCGCGCCUGCCCAAGCCCAAGCUUCGCUUCACCUGGGGUGCUCCAAUUCAACCACUCCCUGGCUCGAUUCGCGCUCCUCGGACUCGCAACGCAGUACCUGA